AUGGCGCCGUACAACUACAGCAACUAUUACGAUCCAGUGGGAAGCCAGGCGAACCAGCAGCCCCAAGGAUAUACCUACGCCGGACAAUCCUCUGCGAACGCGCAAUUUCCGAGCCAGACAACGUCCAAUUAUUCCACAGAGUACAAUCAGAGCUACGAUGCUGCGGGAUACACGCGCAAUCAGUAUGGCACAACGCAGCAGCCUCAGGCCAGCUCCACCACGAAUCGCGCUGCGUCGGCUCUGAGCUCUCUUAGCCAUCAGAACUAUGGCCAGGCAACAGACACACGAACGAGUAAUGUUGGAGCAUAUGAUAAUUCAUACUAUGGAACUUCUGGCUUCACUUCCAUGCCAAACCGCACACAGUCCAACAACUCCCCACUCUACAACACUGCAGGCUCCACCUUCGGAAGACUGAGCGUGCCAGACCCGUCGCAGACCAGCUCGACCACGUUUGGAGGCACUCAGACACAAGCCGAGACAGCGACCACGAGCGCCACGAGCAGCCGAACGUAUAGAAACGCUCCUUCGAACGCAGCGUAUAACUAUCAGAACUCUUACUCACAGAGCCAGCAGCAACCUCCACAGCGAUAUGCAAGUCCCUUGCAUGCAGUACAGGCUCAGCAACAUCAGCAAGGCCAUAACAAGCCGCCCUCGCGAAGCUCCAACCACGCUUCCUCACCUCGAAUGGCCGUGCACAACCAGCAGCAACUGAACCAAAGUCAGCGACAGCCAAGCGCCUCUGUGGAACCUUCGCCAACCACGGUCGAUCCUUCGCAAGUGUACGAUAUGCGCGCGGAACAGCAGCGGAAGGCACAAAUUGAAGCUGAAAAGCGACGCAAGAUCGAGGCACAACGGAAGGCGGAAGAGCAGGCGCGGGCAGCAGAAGAGGCGGAGCGGAAGGCAGAAGAGGACCGGAGAGCGGAGCAAGAACGAGCGGAACGAGAAGCUCGAGAAGCCGAGGAGCAGGCGAAAAAGGCCGAAGAAGAAGCGACGAAAAAGAGGGCGGCGCAAGACCGCAAGAACGAGCAGCGACGAAAGGCGCGCGAAGAGAAAAGGCAGAGCAAGACUGCAGCCACAGCCUUGACACAGAUGGCCUCGAGUGCUUCUGGGGCAGACGCGAUGAUGGCAGCAAUGGGCGAAGAAUUCUCCGGACCUCCGGCAAAUGACGAAGAAGCCGAAAUGCGCGAGAUGUUCAAGAAAAUGCGCCAGUUUAACCAGCGUAACCCUGCGAUGCUUGCGAAAUUGUGGGAAGAAGAGCGCAGACAGCACUCCGUGCAGGCAGCCUCACCACAGCCUGCGAAGCCUGUGCAAGCUCCACCGCCGAACCAUCCACACCAACAGAGAACCUCCGCCGCAAUAUCCUCGGCCCAGGCGAAGCAGCAGCAGCCAUCCGUUAACCAGCAAGCGGCCGCAGCAGGUCCCUCUCAACUUCCCGCACAAUCGUCUCCCGUGCAAUCAUCUCCAGCAACUGCGGCGCCGUCUCAACAAGGUAGUGCCGCACUAUGGCCGCCUCACAAGAAAGGAAGCCUUGCGGCGGCGGCCGCCGAAUGGCUCACCAAUCUGCCUGAGAACCGCAAUGCUUUCCGUGUGGUCGGGAAGGAGGAGCUUCUCAAGAUUCUCGACACUAAUCCAUCGUAUGUACAGCUUUGCGAAUCAGUCGAGAAGAAGGGGAUUAAGUUUGAACGUUCUGGUCUGGCCAAGGAGCUGCUGAAAGCGGUCCCUGAUGGCUUGCGCGCACAGGGACCGAAGACUACGAACGGUCAUGCUCCGGUCACCGGUCCCGCCGCGCCUGUCAGUGGCACGAGCUCUCUCGUUGAGCCAAAGAAGCCAGGGAGGCCCAAAAAGGAUGGGCCGACAAGCUAUGGAGUGCCGCAGGGGAGGAAGAACCGGCAGAGUGAGACGGGCGUCUCAUACCAAGCGCCCACUUUCACUUCACUCUCCGAUGCCGCGCAGCAGGUCAAGGCAAUGAGCACCGCGACUACAUUUCCGGAGGAAAUUUCGAAUUCUUUGGCAUCUGCAAUUGCCGGUGACGCGGCUUCGGACCGCUUUCAAAGCCCACAUCUCGCUCAGCCCACAUCGAAGAAUGGAAACAGUCGACCGCCGUCACAGCCUCCGCCCCUUCAGCCCCAGACUUCAGCUGUCAAGGACGAGUCGAUCCCACCGCAGCCCAUAGAACCACCCCAACCACCAGCAAACAAGGAGGAAGCGGCACGCAAGCGCACUUUCAAUGACCUUGUUGAUCUCACAAAGGGAGACGAUUCUGACGAUGAUGGUCCGCCGCGCAAGUUACAGCAAACUGUCGCUGGCCCACCUUAUGGUGCCGUGAAACAUCCCGCACAGCAAAACGACGCGUUCCGUAAACCAAUGGACUAUCAGACCUUCAUGCGCCAAAAUGCGUUUAAAGGCAUUGUGCCAGGACAAGCACCCAUGCAUCCCGCCGCGCCUGCACGGCCUUGGGUGGCUUACUCAGCAAACACACUGUUCAAUAAAGCUGAUCAACAGCAGCAACGGACUCCUGUUCCCUCCCAGCCGCGGCAGCAAGGACCUACCGAGGAGCAGAAACAGCACGAGCGGAUGCGUGGUAAAAUGUUGGUUGAGCCAAUCAUGCGUGAUCGUGUGGCGCGGAAAUCCAAGUAUGAUAGCCGGACCAUUGCAAGAGAUGUGCUACUGGCGACUGGGAGACACCCCGACAUGCGUGCGCUAAAUGCUCACAUGAACAGCAUGCAGAAGCUGCUUGGAGAUCACGGUGGUGUCAUUGAUGGAGCUGGCAACAAGAGUGACCUAGCGACGAUUCGAUGGGACAUCAUCGACCCCGGUGAGCCCACCAAGGAGUACAAGAAGAAGGCGAAGAGCGCAAGUGCUCAGCGUGGGGAGGAGGCUGGUGAUUCCAAACUUGAUCCCGACCCUAUCGAUCAGGCAGACGAUGAGGGCGAUGCAUAUGAAGCGCGCCCUGUCGCCCAUUCGCGACAAGCACUCCCAAUCGAAGAGGUCUUGAGGAGGUGCGGCGAAGUGGCAUCAGCAGAAGAAAUGGAGCAAGCUGGCGACCUCAAGAUGCGGAAGCAACUGCUGAAUCGCUGGCAUGCGCGGCAAUACAGGAUAAGGACGACGAAGGAACGACAGGAGAGCAGACAGGCUGCUACCGCUCUGCGGAAUACUACCGAUGCUGGAGAGAGUGAGGAAGAUGCCGCUCCUGUGCAAGACCAGAUACGGAAUGGUGCAAGCACAGGGUCCACUGCCAAGCGCGGCCCCGGCCGCCCGCCCAAAAUAAGCGACGUCGCGUCCUCCGCAAACAACACUCCGAAUCAUCAACGCGCAACAGCCAUCGGCACACCUGCUCCCAAGAACACAAAUUCAUCGCCAGGAAGUGCCAAUAUGUCGACUGGCGGUGCUGUCGGCUAUGCGGCUUUCCGCCAGCUGGACGAGAAUGGCAACGUGAUCAAGAGGAAAGGUCGACCCGUUGGUUGGCGCAAGAAUAUUCAUUCUCGCGAAGCACAAGGUCUCACCCCCGCCAAAGGUGGCGUGCCUGCAUCGAAGCCUUUAGGUAGUCGCCUGCGGCAGUCCAUCGGGCCUAGCUCUGGCAGCAAGGAGCCCUCGGUCCAGCCCCACUAUCAAGUUUACAAAUGUCGUUGGAGCGGAUGCACAGCAGAGCUGGACAACCUUGACAAGCUCAAGAAACACGUUGUCAAGCUGCACGGUGCACCCGACGAUGAAGGGAACUUUCAGUGUCGCUGGGAUGCUUGUACCUUGACUGGUCAGCACGUGGACUCCAACGGUAACGCUGGAGACGGUGGUGGCGAAGACGCGACAUUCGAGGGCAUCGAACAGUGGAUGAAGCACGUCGACAAAGAGCACAUUGCUAGUGUGGCAUGGAAGCUCGGAGAUGGGCCGAAAGGUGGAACCGUCUCAGGUGAGCAGAAUCUCGAGCAUGAUUAGGUUGAUGAUGCGUGAGAAGGGGAGAAAGUUGAGCGCGACUGCUCGCACAAUCGGCUCUUGUAUAAUAUCCCCCAGCAGCAAAUCGCCCUGAAUACAUGCACAUCUAAUUUCAAUCCCAUCGACUAAACAGUACUAAUGCACAUGGUGAUUCGACAGAACAAUAUACGGACUCGGAUUCUUAUCUUUCCGAUCGGCAAGGAAGGAGUGUUACGCCUAUCAUCAGACCGGCAUGGGAACAAGCUCAGGAGGGCGCAAGCACGUACAAGAAACUUGUCAUUCUCACCUCGGAUCUGCCUGGUGGUAAGAAGCCAGUCGGCAGGCCGCCCCAAGACCCGUCAUUUUCUGGCACGUCGAAGGAGGAACGCGAAGCAGCGGCAGAGCUCAAGAAGCUCGAAGAGCAGAAGAAGCAUGAGGGCGUCACGAUGGGUCAGGAGGGAAGCAAAAUGGCCAAUGCGAAGCGGCGGAGAGGCUUCCUCGAUGACGAGGACUUUGAGGACAUUGUCCUCGCCGAUGAGGACCAUGAGUGGACUGGUAAGGUGGAAUGA